CAAAAGGGAUAAAACAAAACUUAUGUGUCAUGUAUUCAAUGGCAAUGGAAUCAUCAAAAGGGUACUCACACUAUACAAAGGAGGAUCUACACAUCAUGAAAAGCAAAAGCAAGAAGAAUAACACACCAAGAGAAAUUGAAAUGGAAGGCAAAGCUUUAGGAGAAGUGAGAAGGCUUCACAUCGUUUACUUCCUCAGUCAGAUAGGUGGUCGUGCAGAUCAUCCUCAUCUAAUUCGUGUUCUUCAUCUUACUCGUAAUGGGGUUUAUCUUAGAGAUGUCAAGAGAUGGCUUGGGGAAUUGAGAGGAAAAGACUUGCCUGAGGCAUUUUCUUGGUCCUACAAGAGAAGGUACAAGAGUGGAUAUGUGUGGCAAGACUUGCUGGAUGACGACCUCAUAACCCCCAUCUCUGACAAUGAAUACAUCCUCAAAGGAUCACAAAUCCACACUACCCCAUUUGCAACAACUCCUUCACUGGAAGAAAAGAAAGCUGUAGGUUGUGAUAUCCAUGCUGAAAAGAUCUGCCCUCAAUUACAAGUUGUAGAGGACAAAGAACACCAGCAGCAGCAGCAGCCGCCACUGUCUCUAGCAGAAGAAGAAUCUCAGAUUCAACCAGACCAGAAUUCGAAGACAAAUUCUCCAACAAAAGGGUCAUCAGAAAUCAGUCAGGACUCGUUGGUCUUCAGCUCAGACAGGUCUUCUGUGACAGAUGAUGACUCUUCUAAGGUUGAAGAAGAGAAGCACUUAGAGAUCACAACAGGCAGUGAAAUGCACCAGGAGAAAUUAGAGACUUUCUCAUUGCCUUCCUUGUAUCACAAUCUGUUGAGUAAGAAGGGCACUCACAAAGAUGACCAAAAUAAGACUCACUCACCUGAUUCAUCCCUGUCCACCAUAUCCACAUCAUCAUCUCAAUCAUCCUUCACUAAGAUCAGAAGCAAUUCUACCAAAGUUUCUAAUAUUUUUCGAAAUUGGAUCACUUGUGGAACUGUGGAAACAAAUGAUGCAGCACUCAUCAUGAUGAACCCGGCUCAAACAAAAAUUUCCAAGGAACCCAGCAACAUACCUGAAACAAAAGCUGAGAUUUGUAAGGGAGACCGAUUGGGAGGAUCAGAGAGGUGCUUUAGGACUUCUUGGGGUCAUCAAGACCAGAAACAGCAAUAUGGCGCAAGAAAAAGCUUUGAUGGAGAGGAAACAAACAGGAGCAGGAAAAAGUUAGCCGACUUGCUAAAUCAAGGUUCUUCCAAACCAUUUGGUGGACCAAUUUGCUCGCAAUGUGGGAAGUCGUUUAAGCCUGAGAAAAUGUACAAACACAUGAAGUCUUGUAAAGGAAUGAAAGCCUUGGGAAAGUCAGCUCCAAUUGUUGAGGAGGCACAGCUUCCGAGAUCAUCAACUUCAUCCCAUACACAUUACUUUUUGACCAACUAAAAUAUCAAAGUAUACCUUCGUCACAGAAGGCAUUAGCUUUUGAAUUUUGAUGUUUUCACACUUGGUCCUAGUGCUCUUAUAAAAUGUCUCUAUCAGUGUCUCUUUAUUUCUCUACCAUACCCUUUGGCACGAUUAUUCUUUUGUCUUGAAAACGAAACCAAAACAUUCUG